UAACAGAUUCACUAUCAGACAAUCUUAAAACUGCGAGUGUGCAAAAAGACACACUGCUUUUAUAUCCUCCUCUUUCUUCCUUUUUUUUUUUUUUUAACUGAUUCCUCUCCAAAGCCAAAUUCAUAAAGAUGACAACUUUAUAAUGGGGUUUUCCUUGAAAGGUUGGAGUUUGAGCUCUGAAAGUGCUUUUUGAGUCUUCCAAAGAAAUGAAACAGUAAGCAUUAAAGCUGUAUCAUAUUGCUUGCUGAUUCUUUUGCUGCUCAUUUUUCCCUGUCAGGGAUGGAAAAGGGGACCAUUUUUUUGAUCACUUUUCCGGUCUUUUUCAGCAUUUUCACUUGGCUUAAUGCAUCUUUUAGCUUUGCUGCGAUUUUUGCCAGAGCCUAUGUGGUUCCUAGCUUCAAUAGCUUCAGCUGCCGCUUAUAUCCAUCCACACCACUCAAGACAUACAAACAAACAAAGAGGUGGAAAAAAAGGAAGGCAGGCCGGCCUUUGGAAUCUUUGCUCUCUUUCUUUCUUGACUGAAACUAUUGUCACAUUCAAAGUGUAUACAAUAAUAUAUAUUCUAGUAGUAUAUUAGUAUAUACCUUUGCUCCCUCACAAGUCAAAAUCUAAUUAAGUUCUUUAGUUUGGUUACACCUGACAAAAAAUGUGAGCCCUCUAAUGAUUUCUUUUUAUCUGAAAUCCAUAAUAUAUUUUUAAUGAGUUCAAAUUUGCACAUGGAUUUGUCACAAUAAUUCUCCAAACUUACUACUGUCCCAUCUCUUUCUAAGCACACAUAUAUAUGAAUGAGAUACUAUUGCAGUUGAUUCUUCUUGCAUUUUGCUUCAUUAUUGUUCCUGAUUCCUGAAAUGAUUGUCCUUUCUUCCUAGUACCUCCAGAAUCUCUUCUUGUUUCUUAACCUCAGCUUCUCUGUUUGAAGUACAAUGUUGUUGUUGUUGUCCAAUAAUUCUAUGCGGGUUGCAUUUAUGUGACAAUUUCAGAACUUUUCUAUCUUUGAAAAGCUCCGGUUUGAGAGAGCAAAUUGGAAUUUCUGAGCUUCUUUCUUAUACUCUUUAUGCAUUUAGAAAUCAAAGCUGUUAAGUAUUUCAACUAUGGUUUCACAAAACUCUCCUCCAAAUCUCAAUACCAGUAAAAUGUACGAGUUCAUCAUCUCAAACUCUCAGUUUGGUGGUGAGAAUUUUGAAGGUUAUGCAAAUGCCUUAAGUGGUGGGAGCCCAUAUGAUUCUUUUGGUUCAAUGCCACAUCUUCAGUCAUCUUUUGCUGAAAGAAUCAUUCCAAGAUCCUUUGAACAGAUUCUCCAGGCUCCUCCUCAGAUGCCUGAUCAUCAGCCUCAUGUUAGUCAUACAAGACAUUUGAUGGAUCUUAUUGGAGCAGCAAAUGAGGCUAACUACCAUGCUCAGAGGCUUUCUCUGUCUCUAGGAAACUGCACUAUAGUUUCCCCUGUUGCUGAAAGGCAUACCACACUGAAUUCAUCUCUAAUCAGUGACAACACAGGCAAUAGUAAUUACUCUUUUGGUGGAAACAUUUGUCCUUCAUCUUCAACCUCUUAUGGAACUGAAGCCAAUGUUGCAGUUUCCAUCAGCAAUUCCAAAUACCUGAAACCUGCACAAUUGCUUCUGGAUGAAGUAGUUAAGGUGGGAAGUAAGGCCAUUGAUUUGAGUAAUGAGAAAUAUGGCAAGAGAUUAUCUCGCAGCAGCAGAAAAGGGUCACUAAAACUUCGAUCCGAAUUGAACAUGGAGUUGUUUAACAAUGAGUUCUUCACUGAUAAACAAGAAUUGCAUGCUAAGCUCUUAAAGCUCAUUGCCUUGUUAGAGGAGGCAGAAAGAAGAUAUGAGCAGUAUUACAAUCAUCUGGAUGAAUUAGUCUCAUCAUUUGAGAUGGUGGCUGGUUUAGGGGCAGGCAAAUCAUACACAGCUCUUGCACUUCAGGCAAUGUCAAAGCAUUUUUGCCACUUAAAAGAGGCAAUUGUGUCUCAAAUUUAUGAAACCAAAAGAAAGAUGACACAGGAUAUGCCAAGAAUCAGUUCAGAUAUUUCACAACUGAGCUUAUUCGAUCAAGAAACCAGACAAAAUAGAAUGUCACUUCAGCAACUCGGUUUGAUCCAAGGGUCAAGACAAGCAUGGAGACCAAUCAGAGGACUGCCUGAAACUUCUGUUGCAAUUCUGCGGUCCUGGCUUUUUGAACAUUUUCUUCAUCCGUAAAGUUCUCAUCUUUAUGGGUUUUUUUUUUUUUUUCCUUUCAUUUUCAAUUCUACUGUUUCUACUCUUGUCAUCUGAUAAGAUGGUUUCAUUGUCAGUUACCCAAAUGACGCAGAGAAGCUGACAUUGUCAUCACAAACAGGCCUCUCAAAGAAUCAAGUAACUAUAUUCUGUUCAUCAGGCUAAUAAUUCCAGUUUGGCAUGCAUGCAUGGUUUUUUUGAGAAACACCAAUUAAUGGAUUUCAUGGGUCCUUUUUCAGGUGUCAAAUUGGUUCAUAAAUGCUAGAGUCCGGUUGUGGAAACCAAUGAUUGAAGAAAUGUACAAGGAAGAAUUUGCUGAGGCUUCUGUUGAAUCAAAUCCAUCACUAUCUCGAGAAGGUUUUGCAGAUUCUGCCGAGGAUUGAUCAAGGGGGGAUUUUUUUUUUUUUUUUAGGAAAAUGAUUUUGGUAUGAAAGAAAAUUUAAGGUUGAAGGUAGAAUGCUUCAUGUAACAUCAGAUCACAAAUCCAACUGAUCGCAAACAUGAAGACCAAACUUUUGGAAAAAAAGCAUAGUGGGUUCAACUGAAGUAAAGUGAUUUUGAAUGUUAGUUUAUGGUUUAGACUUGAUUGGUGUCAGUUUGAUUGCAAGCAAAUCUGCCCAGUUAAUCUCUGCAGUAUUUCCUUGAAUUCUUAUGAUGUUUAAAACUUAAAAUUGGUUUGGUAAAUUGGUUUAUGUUUUAGCCCAUGCCG